UCGGUAAGAGAGAAAAGGACGACGACGCUCCAAAAUUUCAACGUUUCAUCUCCUUUGUCCAAGCUUGUGGACCACCGACUUGAAGUACUUUUGUCGAAAUUAGCUACUCUAAAUUCUACUUUUCGAUCAUUUCAAAUCCCAUUAAUCAAAAUGGCAGUGAUUCACUUCUACUUAUUUCGAUCCCCUCAACGAUCGAACAACUAAGAAGUGAAAAUCAUGAACUCAUUGAAGCUUCGCCAUCUUUGGGCGCUUCUGAUUCUGGGUUUAGUGGGACGGACGGUGACGUUGUUUGGCGACGCCGCGAGGACUUGUGGGUUUCCGGCUAUAUACAACUUUGGCGACUCGAAUUCAGACACAGGAGGAAUAUCAGCGGCACUCAAUGCGAUUCAACCACCCAAUGGCGAAACCUUCUUUGGACAUCCUUCUGGGAGGGCUUGUGAUGGUCGUCUCAUUAUAGACUUUAUAGCUGAGAAGCUGAAAUUGCCUUACCUGAGUGCAUAUCUGGACUCAUUAGGAACAAGUUUUAGACAUGGAGCUAAUUUUGCAACAGGAGGUUCGUCAAUUCGCCCUGGUGGUUAUAGCCCUUUCCAUCUUGGCAUUCAAGUAUCACAGUUCAUCCAAUUCAAAUCUCGCACCACAGAUCUAUACAAUCGACUUCGCUCCCGCAUCAGGACAUCAAUACCAAUUGAACAUAUUGCAAGGCCCCAGGAGUUUUCAAAGGCGCUAUAUACGUUUGAUAUUGGACAGAACGAUCUUGCCUACGGUUACCAACACUCAUCGGAAGAACAAGUUAGAGCCUCCAUUCCAGAUAUACUAGACGCAUUCUGUGAAGCUGUGCAACAAUUGUACAAGGAAGGGGCAAGAUAUUUCUGGGUGCAUAACACAGGUCCCAUUGGAUGUCUGCCUUACUCUAUAUUGUAUAACAAAAGUCCAGAAAAUCGAGAUAGCAACGGAUGCGUGAAGAGUCAAAACACAGUCUCUCGAGAAUUUAAUCGGCAGCUGAAGAGUCAGCUGCUAAAGUUGGGGAAAAAGCUUCCUUUUGCUAGAAUUAUCCACGUAGACGUGUAUUCAGUCAAAUAUCUGCUCAUUACCAAAGCAAAAACUCAAGGUUUUGUUAAGAAUCCAGUAAAGUUUUGCUGUGGGAGUUACUAUGGCUAUCAUAUUGACUGUGGGAAAAGGGAAGUUGUGAAUGGAACAGUUUACGGAAAUCCUUGCGAAGAUCCAUCAAGGCAUAUUAGUUGGGAUGGCAUACACUACUCUGAGGCUGCAAACUUAUGGAUUGCUAACCACAUUUUGAAUGGCUCGUUUUCGGACCCACCAUUGCCAGUCGACAAAGCUUGUCAAGCUCCUCGUAAUGCAUGAUAAGGACUGUUAGUUUGAGAAGUUAAUUGUUAAUUCUUCAAGGGCAAAUGUUUCAAAUUCAAUUAGAAAUCUGAUCAAAGAAGCUUUGAACUUGUCAAUAUCAAUUGAUUCUCCAUUCAUUAUGCUUUUGUUUAUUUUGGAAUUUUCGUCAUUUAUUUUAACCGCCCAAUUUUUA